UCGUCUAUCUCACUGACGGCAGUUAGCGAACUCGCCUAAGCUAACAUAACAAGAAAUAGUCAGAAUUUCAAAUAUAAGGUCCGGAAGUUGCAAAUACUAUAUUUUCCUCCAUGAGCAGGUUAGAGUGUUUGGGGAAAUCCUUCAGUGGUUCCCAGAAACAGCUGGCAGUGGAAGUCACCUCUGCUCAGGCUGAGACUCACAAAGUCAAUGGCACAAUUGGGAAAAAGACAGUCACUAAUAAACCUUGCAGGAGUCUUCCUGCCCGCACACUGCCUUGUUCCGUACAGGUUUCCGGCAAGGAGACUCAAAAGCCUAAAUCUCCAAGUCGGGGUGUGCUGAAUACAGAAGAUUGUUCUCCAAAGGAAUCCAUCAACAUAAAACCAAGGGUUGAAGAACCAGCAGAGUCGACUGCAGCACCUGAUGAAGAGCUGAAAACGAAAGACUCGAGCAACUCGCGGUCGUCAGAUUCAGCAGGAAUAGGAGGAAGGACACAUGCUCCUCCACCAGUUGAACCUGUCUCCAUGCAUGAGCCAAAUGAGGAGGAAGAACAGACAAAGGAGGACGAUGCUGAGGAUGAAGACCUUAAGGCCCCAGUGGAGCUGAAAAUUGAGUUCCUUGGAGCUUUGAUGGACAAAGACUUUCAGCUGGCCCACAAGCUGUGCCAGAUGAUUCUCAUCCAUGAACCAGACAAUCCUGAGGCCUCUGAGUUUCUCCCACUGAUCCACAAGAAGCUGCUGGAGGAGCAAGAGGCAGAGCAGAGCAAUGAGGAAGAUGAUGAAGAAGAAGAUAGUGAUGAUGAUGAUGGUAACUCUGGAAGUGAUGAGGAGUCCUCUCAGAGCUCAAGCUGCUCCUCCUCAUCUCGCUCCUCUUCUUCAUCAUCAGAUGAUGAUGGUGAAAAAGAGGAGACGCAAGUGAACAGACACAAGCCGUGUCCUCCUUCUCACAUUUCCCCCUAAAUCUAUUGAAGCGAUCCAGCAGAGGCGCACAGAUCUUUGUUACUUGUUUCUUGUUACUUUUUGAAAACGAUACUCGAUGUUUUAAUCCACAAAGUCUUUGUGCAUUUUGUAGAUUUGACAGUUAUUUAUUUUUUCAUAUUUCACCUGCAGAUAAAAUAUUUGUUGUGGACAAAGCAGGUGCCUUUGUGACUUGAUCAGUUAUGACCAGUUAGUGUGUCCCAGCAGACUGCAAAGACUGCAUGUCUGCUUUCAAAUGCCUCACUUCUUCUGUUCAGUUUGCUUUGAACAUGUGCAUUGAAAUAAAUCACUGCAGCUUUAAUACUUUUGUCAGUAGAACUAAGAUGACCAGUCGACUGGUUGUAUUAGUUGAUCAACAGAUAUCUUUUUUCAAGCAAUUAAGAAUAAACAUAGUGAAAGCUGAACUUUGAUUUCACAAAAAAACAAACAUUUUUUAUUGCUGUAUCUCAAAUCAGAUACUUCAGUCAGUUCACUCAGACGUAGUACACUAUGUACACAGUAUACUCAGUUGUAGUGCGAGAAUUUCAACAGGGUAGUGUUGUCUCAAAUCAAAUGAUGAACGCAACAGGUUCCUCCAAUUGUCGCCCGCCUGCCGGCUGCUUUCCUCACUUGACUUCCAAAUUAACUUUUUAUUUUCCUUUGUGUGUCAUGAGAGAUGGAAAUGAGGCUGCGAAUGGCACCGACGGAGUCGGAUGUACGUGAAUUGAGACACAGCAGAUGUUUGGUGAACUUUUGAGUCGGACAAACUCAAUGAGAUACAGCAACUGUAAAACUUAAAAUGAAUUACAACCUUCGUAAAACGCCAUUAAAGUUAGUUCAACCAACU